GUGUUCUUGUUUGUUCUAACAGAUAAUUGAUGGGAGAUAGAUGAUAAAUAAUUGUGAAGUUAAAAAAAGAAAUGAAGGGAGAUUGAUCAAGUAUAGUAAGAGAGACGAUUGGAAGCAAGUGGGACCUUGGCUUGCGAGUCAUUUUGGGUGGUGUUCCCAUAUUUUCACACACUCUUCUCCUUGCAUUGGGACAUCCGCAAACACCAACUCUCUCUCUCUCUCUUCACUGUGCACUUUUCUUUCUGAAUUUCCCUACCAAUAUUCAUUUGUUUUUCACUUUUGCCAAAACCUUGUCUUGUAUAUAAAUACAUCACCACACAACUCAUGCAACUCCGUCUCUUCAUUUUAAUUUCACUCAUCUACCACCACCACACCGGCCCCUUUUUCUUCUUCUUUCGAAACCCUAAAGCUAGCCACCUCCCAUGGAGAACCAACUUGACUCACAACCACCACCACAACCCGCGCGCUUAAAGCUAUUUGGCUUCAGCGUCCAUGAAGACUCCACCAUGGAAGAAGAAUUACUACUCAUGCAUGAAGACGUAGCAGAUUCAACAACAAAACCAUCACCUUCUUCCACCUCCCCCUCUAGGUCGCCGGAUUCCGCCGGAGCCGCUGCAGGAGCCAGCGGCGGUUUUGCGUCCUCCUCUUCCGGGGAGCGGAAAUACGAGUGUCAGUACUGUUGCAGAGAGUUCGCAAAUUCACAAGCACUUGGUGGACACCAAAACGCGCACAAGAAAGAGCGUCAACAGCUCAAGCGAGCACAGUUACAAGCCACGCGAAACGCCGCCGCCGUUUCCUUCGUCAGAAACCCCAUCAUCUCCGCCUUCGCACCACCGUCGCAUCUGCUUGCUCCGCCGGGGUCCAUGGUGAUGCCGGCGCCACCUCCCUCGUGGGUGUACAUGCCGCCGCGUGCAGCUCCUCCUCCGUUCCACGUGUCAGUAUCUCACGGGUGCGUGUUCCCCUCGGCGAACAGCAGUAAUAAUAGUAGCAACUACAGUUACGGUAACGGUAACGGUAACAGUAACGGUAAUUGUAGCAUUAAAAAUGGGGGUGUAGGGUUCCCGUAUGGUGGCGGUGUAGGGGAACCGUCAAGUGCAUUGUCAACGAUGAUGGGGUCGCAGAUGCAAGUGCAGGUACAGGCCCGGGCCCACCAUGGCAGGAUGGACGGGUCCUCUUUGAGUAGGUUCUCCAAAGGAGAUGGUGGGCCCAGUUUUGAUGAUUCAUUGGGCUUGGACUUGCACCUUAGCCUUGCACCAGCUGCGCCGUAACUGUUAGCCGUUUCUAGCUUCAGCCUUCAUGCGCCACUUAAUUAUUAUUAUUAUUUUAUUGUUAUUAUCAUCUGCUUCAAAUCUUGUACAUUUUCACAUAUUUAUUUUUUCUUUUUCUUAAAAAAAAAGGUAAAACUUGAAAUCAAAUGAUUUGAUUAUUAGAUAGCUUAGUACAAAUUGCGACAAUUGGCCAACUGCUCAUUGACCACAUAUAUAUGCUAUUUGCUUUCAAAAUUUGUAUCCUCUUUAUUUCAAUUUUCUCUGGGGAUUUAAUUUUCAUCUAGAUAGGUAAAAAGGAUAUAUAUGAUAAGACUAAGAAAGUAGAAAACCAUUUAAUUAAUGAAACUACGAAAAGCGGGAGCUGCAUUGAUUUCAUGGAGUACAUUGUGGUCCAUUUUUUAUAGCCUUUACCUGCCCCCAAAAAUAAAUAAAUUAAAUCCUAAUUAGUUUGUCCACCUUAUUUAUAUCCUUAUACAUACACUAAUUAAAUUAAUGUGUAGAUCACGACUUGAACAUGUUGGAAGUGGGAAGCUGACUCAAUCUAUGAUAUAUAAAUAUGAUGGAUUGUACCCAAUUACUUUGAAAACUUGGACCAUGUGUUUUUUAUUAUUGAUGAAGCUGGCUAAGAGCCAAAAAAGAAAUUAAAAGGGGGAAAAUAAAUUGAAAGUGAGUAUUUAGAAAGCAACAAG